GCUUCGAAUGAACACAUGUUGAAUCUCCUUUGCAGAAAUGGCUACACUUUCAAGGCGCACUACCAACAACUCUCACAAACAGAGCCACAUCUGCAUCCGCAUCCGCAUCCACAGCUACAGCAGCAGCAUCAUCAGAGUCAACAGAGCCACUUGCAGGCAGCAUCCAGCGGGAUGUCGACGCACAACAGCAACGCCAACACCAACAGCAGCACCAACAACAACAACAACAAAACUAUUUACAAAAUGGUGUACACAGUUACAGACACAAACGACUUCAAGACACAGCUGACGAAUGCGGGCGAUAAGCUGGUCGUUGUGGACUUCUUUGCCACCUGGUGUGGACCCUGCAAGAUGAUUGCGCCCAAGCUGGAAGAGCUGGCGCAGCAGUAUUCCGAAAAGAUUGUUGUGAUCAAGGUUGAUGUUGAUGAGUGCGAAGACAUUGCCAUGGAAUACAACGUCUCCAGCAUGCCCACGUUCCUGUUCAUCAAGAACUCCGCCAAACUGGAGGAGUUCGCUGGCGCCAAUGCCACCAAAUUGGCGGAGACCAUUCAGAAGCUCAUCUAAGAGCAAAUGCAAUAGAAAUUAAACCUCAAUGCCUCUACUUCAAAUUCUUCCUUUUGUUUCUUUGUCAAAAUGGAUUGUCGUCGUCAAGCAGCAGCAACAGCAGCCGUCAGAAAAGACAAUUCGCUAAGUUCUCUUAAUACCAUUUAGUUAAUUAUGUAUUCCAUAAGUUUGCUAUGUUUGCGACACACACACACACACACACACACAUUUAAUCGAGUUAAUUCCAGCACUUUGAUUUGCUCAGAUUAAAUGUAUUCAAUUACACUGCACCUAUUAUUUUUUGGUGUGCUCAACACUCUGCAGCGCAGCAUCAGCAAAUAAUUCAAAAUACAAAUGUGGCUUUAAAUGUAACAUAAAA